GGUUGGUGGGUGGCCGCCUGUCUGUCUUGUGCGGCUGGCUGAGGGGUAUAGCGCGUCGCGUCGGCUGCCGGUCAGGUCCGGUUUGGGAGGCUUCGAUUACGCGUCGUUGUCGGCUGUGCGCCCUUUUCCCCUUCCUCUUCUCCCUUCGCGGCUCUGGCCCGCUCCCGCGCCUUGACGCAGGAAGAGGGGCCCUCCCCGCCCGGGCCGUGUGGGAGGCGCCCGGUCCGCUCCGCGCCUGGACGUUCAAUGCUCUCGGUUCCUUCUGGCACAACUUGUGUGCGUGCGGUUGAGGCAAACGGAACAUUAAUGAAACUCUCAGCUCACAUGUUUCCACAAACAGCUCAUGAAAGGUUUUCCAUUCGAAUCCACGCCACACAUUUAUGGCGAUUCUGAGCAUCAGGGCAGAUUUCUGCCGGGCCCAGCACUGCACCCUGGCUGACAACUGAGCUGGAGGCCAGGGUCCUACGUGCCAUAACAAAACUUUGCCUUGAAGAUUCUGGACACCGAGACAGAAGCCUCAAAUAUAUGGGGAUAUCUUCUGCGCAUUUGACAACUCUUCCUCUUGGUGACGCUAGAGAAGCAAAGCCUGGCCAAACUCAAGUGGAAACAAGAUCUGCCCUUACAUCUUCUUUGUGCCUCAUCAGUGCCUAAAUGUAAAAAAGGCUGCCUAUUUUUUGCAUGUAGUAGGAGAGUGCAUAGUCUUGAGGAGCGCCACCUGCAGUGAUUGAGUCUGAAGUUAAAUCGCAGCACAUGCUCAAGCAAACCUGCUUUUCUUCAAGUGAAGAAUCAUCUUAAAGACUAACCAAGUAAACAAGGAAAGCUCUGAUCAAUCCCAAGACACUUUAGUGAUCUUUUUAAUGUUUUCUGCUGUGAAACGUUGCAAGGUUUGAAUUUCCCCCCCAAUACUCCCCACCUUCUUGCCACUAUGAACCGUCCUGCUCCCGUGGAGAUUACUUAUGAGAGUAUGCGCUUCUUGAUUACCCACAACCCCACCAAUGCAACCCUCAACAAAUUCACAGAGGAGCUGAAGAAGUAUGGAGUGACAACCUUGGUGCGAGUCUGUGAUGCUACCUAUGAUAAAGCACCAGUUGAAAAAGAAGGAAUUCAAGUUCUAGACUGGCCAUUCGAUGAUGGAGCACCACCUCCAAGUGAGAUUGUGGAGGACUGGCUCAAUCUUUUGAAAACAAAAUUUCGCGAGGAGCCUGGCUGCUGCGUUGCUGUACACUGUGUUGCAGGGCUGGGAAGAGCACCAGUUCUGGUUGCCCUCGCCCUCAUUGAAUGUGGAAUGAAGUAUGAGGAUGCCGUGCAGUUUAUAAGGCAGAAGAGAAGGGGAGCUUUCAAUUCCAAACAGCUGCUCUAUCUUGAGAAAUACCGACCGAAGAUGCGACUACGCUUCAGAGAUGCCAACGGCCACUGCAUUGUGCAGUAAAGGGGACGCCGUCCGUGAAGUCUUGAUGCUAUCAUGGCUGUCUUUCUGGACUUAUGAAACCUGGAAAUGUAAUUCUGGAUUUGAAUGACAUCCUUACCGUAGUAGAGUGGGUGCUCCUCUGCCUUUGUCCCAAUGAUGAUGAUUGUGAUAAAAAAUAAAAUUAAAACAAAACAUUUUGUGAAGGAUUGUCUUCUCAUAUUGCAGUCUGAGCAUUUGCCAAGAGACGAGCCUUCUUUGAGCCUUUUGCAUUUUUAACUUUUUGGAGAAAAAAAUAAAUAAAAUCAAUUUUAUGUCUCAAGGAAAACCAGAGUAUCAGACUGUACAGAAACCAUAGCCUUGAAGCAGGACAGCAUCCCUCACUUAGGUCCUGGCCCAAAUUUAUUUUUAGGUUUUAAUAGUUACUCUCCUUUUGGUGAAAGAUGGCAGUCAGGAUUGAAGGAGUGUCUGUGUAGCUGUUUGUGAGUGGUUGGCAGCCUUAAGCCCAAGUGGGUGUUCUUAGAAAAAGUGCUGUAUGUAUUUUGAGUUUGCAGGAUGUCCUGGCAGUUAGGGAGAGGUGUUGCUACACCAACCACACUGGGUGAAAGUCCUUUUCUUAACUGAGUGGCAUCUUCAGUCAUCAUUCAGUUUACAUGUAAACAGUCAUCUGACAUGAGGGUGGGGCUACUCUGUAAACCUUGGGGCUCCAUAACCCUUAAAAUAAGUUGUAACCUUUAUGAUUGUAUGGAUGUCCAAAUUACUUAAAGGCAGGUAUGCCAGAUGGGGUCCUCUGUGCUGAAAUGUUGCUCAUGAUUUGCUUACAGAUGCACUUCUCUAAAGAAUUUGGGUUGGAAGUUAGCUUCCUGAAAUUUGGGCAAAAAAAGUGACAGAGCAUAGGAAGAGACUUGGCAUGCAUGUUUGACUAAGGUAGUUAAAAAAAACUUCUAUCAAAGUCUGGAUGGAAAGGUUCCUUCUUGUCUGGAUGAUAUUUGCCUCUCUGAAAGGAAUAAACUUGAAUGAAGUGUGGUUCAAAUAGGGCUUUGGUGCCCAUUGGUAUCUCUUGAUCUUGGGUAUUCAAUGCCUGUGGGUAUUUUUCCAGACUGGCCUCAUGUAUAGUUUAUCUUAACCACUGAUUGCCUUGUUUCUGACUUUUCACCAAGUUCUUAAGGAAGACUUGCCAGCUCCACGCCUCCUCAUGAGCAUAUGCUGUCUUCAGGGUAUAAUGUAUGGGGAAUGUGUGCUGAAUUUUGGUUGGGAAGGACAGAAGGGCAUUGCUUGUGGGUUAGCCAGCUUCAGGUGACCUCUAUAAAACUGCUUUGGCUAGGCUGGGUCCACAAUUGCAGUGCCAACAGAAGCCAUGUCCCUUCCUUCUAACUUGGCUUUUUUAAACACUUGUUUGGCUACUUAAAAAUUCGACUAAGUCCCUGCCAGCCGCUCUUUCAGUGGGUAUAGACAAGGCCUUUACAGCCCUCCUAAACAGGGUACCAAUUCUGGGUUGUGUCUGAUCGCCUAUUAAAUAUUUUGAGUGUUGAAAGCAGAUCACAUUCGCUCUAUACAGACAUAAAGCCAAUUGUGAUGGUACUAUGCCAAUCAGUCUAGUUGUGGGUGGCUUAAUAGAUUGAAGUCUGUGAAACUGUUGGCCACAAAUGCCGUCUUUCAUCUAAAAUAUGGUAUAUAUUGGAGGGGCUUUGGCAUUUUAUUUAAAGUAUGCAAGUGUUCAUAGUAUCGUGUGUUAAAAAGAAUGCUUACCUGGAUAAAUGAGUCUAGGUUGAAAAAGCAGAAAAUAGCAGAUUGUUGUUCUUUCCUCCUCCCUUUCCGUCCCAUUUGCCCCCAUGUACACAUAAAGGCACAAAUUGUCCUUGUAACUAGUCUGAUUUCUACAAAAUGUGUAAGGGUUUUUUGCUAGAAAAAACCAGCUACAUCUAAGAUGUUGUAGCCUAAUAAAGACCAGCCUGAAACUUGUAGAACAA